AUGGACUACGCCUCCCGCACAAAACGAUCCGACUCGGUCCACUUCGAGCAUACAGGCCUGCGCGGUCCCUUUGAUGCUGCAUCUAGGAUGCAAGACUUGGGCGACGAGUCCACUUUUAUCCCCACUUCGCUCGGCGAGCAUCUUCUCGAGCGCACCUAUCUCGAAGAUGUUGUGCGUCCUCUUGUCCGUGCUCUCGUAAAAGCGAGAAUGACCUACGGCAUCAACGGCGAGGCUACCACCGAAACUUCGCACGCCUAUGUCGAUUUGGAAAAGCUUCGACGCGAACUCGAACGAGCCACGCAGCGUGCUCGUCAUGCCGAGCAGCAGAGGGAUGAUCUCGCCCGUCGUCUCGACCUUGCAGGUAUUCCUGACGACCCGCGCGAACGAGUGGAUCGUCAUUCGGAUCAUAUGGGUCCGAGCGAGUUCAACUCGAGUGCCGCGAGAAGCCAUGGAGUGCCGUUCAAACGACCUCGUCCCAGCGACUAUGAACAACGCGCUUCUGCGUCUGCGUCUGCAUCUGCAGCCAUCUCGGUCAGCGUCGGUCAAAGUGACGGACCUUCCGCUUCCGUCAUUGUUAACAGCGAAGGUCCUCACGGCGUUCCCAUGACCCAGGUAUCGAGACCACCUCACCCUACGCUCACCUCUGAACCGAUGUCUCCGCCUCCUUCCAUGUCCUACAACCAUCUCGGCGCUCCUCGACACGGCCGGCCGUUCGUCGACGGACACCACAAUCCACACGAACCCGAUCAACGUCCACUCACCCGCAUGCCUCUCACAACUUCAGCCCUCGAAUCCGACUACGCCUACCCGGACGAGCGACCGACCGAACGAUACGCCAUGACACCGUCCAAUCAACCAGCUCCUCAUCGUCCUCCUCUCUCGCGGUUCAGCGGCAUGAGCAGUGCUCGAUCACCGCCCAGCAGCAGCGCCUACCUCACUUCCGGGAGCGAACGAUCUUCCAUGCCUACACUUCACACGUACCCAUCCACAUCCUCCACCAGCUCUUUCGGUGCCGGUCACUAUUCUGGCGGCGGUAGUGCUGGCAACAUGCACCCUUACGACCACGAAGGCGAUGAUCAACGCAGAAUGGCUCGAUUGCGACCUGGUGGGCAUGAAUCCGUCGAUCAUCUUUCGGUACCCGGACGACCCGCUUCAGCAAACUACGUAAUGACACCAACCUCUGAGACUAGCUAUCCAGUACGAAAACUGGCUUCGACCAAGAACCGCACUUGCUCCAACUGCGCUGCACCUCACGAUGCAAAGUUCCGACGUGGUCCCAAGGGUCCUGGCACACUGUGUGAUAGAUGUGGAUCCAGGUGGAAAAAGUUCAAGGAGCAGGAAAACGCAAGUAGUCGUAGGGACAGUCAUCCGCACCAGGUCAACGAGACGGGAAAUUCGGCCAUGGCAUCGGCAUCGGCAUCGGCAUCGGCGAAUGCAAGGUUGAGCUCGACAAGCGCAAGCUCUCAGUCACCCGUGGAAAGGGCGGCUGAGGACGGCACCGGUCGAGGACCAGGAAUAGCAGAAGGGGGAGCAGGAGGAGAGGAGGUUGAUACCGUAGAGGUUGAGGGUGCGCAGAGGGACAGAGAGAGGAGUGCAAGCGUCGAUCAGUUGGUGGACGAAUGA